CUCGACCCUCUCUCUUGCAGGGCGCAUCACAUUGGCUCUGUCCUUAAUGACCUCUCUACCGGCAUACACAAUGCAGACCACCUUAUUAUCGACUAGCUUCGGGAUUAUAUCGACAGGAAAUUGAGACCAUUCAUAUGGGAUAGUUCUGAAGCGGGGCGCAAAAUUCACCUUAUGGAUUGGCAAACUCUAUGCCGACCAAAGGAGGAAGACGGCUUGAGCAUAAGAGAUGCCACAAAAAUGAAUGAUGCUUUUAUGCAUAAGAUAGCUUGGCGAUUGAUGCAGGAAUCUGACAGUUUGUGGGCGCAGGUCAUAAGGAGCAAGUACGUGAGAAUGGAGGGGGACCUUGUUCGACCCAGAACCUCAGGCCAUAUGUCCAACCUUUGGCAAGGAGUACUUAGAGUUCUACAUCUAUUACCGGAGGCUACCAUGUGGAAUGUUCAGAGUGGCCGACAGACGAGAUUUUGGAUAGAUAUAUGGCUUCACGACGCACCCCCUUAGGCUGAUUUGGCUGUUGAUCUUCCUAAUGAGGCGAGACACCUUACAGUGGCGGAUAUGGUUCUCAAUGGUGAUUGGAACUUGGAUUAUAUCCGCGUGUUCUUGGACCCGAGUUUAGUGGAGCAGAUUUAGCUCCAUGACACUCCUAGAGAAGCGGCCCAGGAUGAGCCAGUUUGGCGUUUCUCAUCAAACGACUGAUUAUCUCUAAACUCUAAAGACGGCGUAUGAGCUUAUCAAUGAGGAAAUUGAACCGUGAGCUGCUCACCUGCUGUGGAGAACAGUUUCGAAGAUACCCACCACCUAGGGAAUUCAUACUUUCUUCAGGCUUUCGUCAUAUGGCAGGUUACUAACUAAUGCCAAGAGGCAGCGAUGCCACCUGUCUGGGUCGGACCUAUGUCCAGUGUGUGGUAACAACAGCGAAACGACUCUUCAUGUAUUAACGGACUGCUCCUAUGCAAGGGUGGUGUGGUCUAAUUUCCUGGAGGAUGAACCAGCCAAAAUUUUCUUUCUAGAGGAUGUGAAUGCGUGGAUGAUGUACUACUUAACGGGCAGGAGUUCAAGGGUGAAGUCGUCGCUCAAUGUUGUAUUGUGUUGCUUGUUGUGGAAGAAUAGAAACACUCGUGUUUGAAAAGAAGCUAAGCACGGUCCAAUCUAUCCAAAUGAGUGCAAGGAGGCUGAGUCAACAAAUGGAGGAGGCAUUCGACAAAGAACAGGUUCCCUUAGAAAAAGAGCUGCCGAAAAUGUGGAAAUGGGUUGGUGGAGACCCCCUCAGCAUGGAUGUUACUGUGUCAACACUGAUGGUUCAGUGUCACUAUCGAUGCAAAGCUCGCCCGCAGGAGGAGUUGUUCGAGACGAGUCAAGCCGCUUCUUGGGUGGCUUCACAAUGAACCUAGGAGGGGGAUCGAUAACAAGGGCAGAGCUGAUGGGGAUGUUUCACGGCUUGAGGUGUGUCUGGCUGGGUGUUCAUAAAUUGAAACUGCAUAUUGAUUCCCGAACUGCGCUCGAGCUGGUGGAAAUGGCGAUGCAAUUUCAUCCUCAUUACCAGCUUGUUCUGCAGAUCCAGAGGAUGUUGGAGCGUGGGUGGGAAGUUUGGAUGGGACACAUCUUCAAAGAGGGUAAUGUGGUUGUUGAUUUUCUUGCCUCGACCGGUCACCUCAAACCUCUGGACAUUCAUCUUGUUCUUAGUCCUUGACCGACUUUGCUUCAUUGGCAGAUAUUUGAUCUGGUAGGGAGCAAGAAUCUCAGGCUAGUCUCGUGAUUGUAAGGCACUAUUGGCGCCUGUUUAUUUCCAAAAAAAAUUACUAAAAUUUUGGAAUGUUGACCUUCAUGUGUCUUUUCCAAGUUAGUAUCAUGAUGUCAAGUCAAUAUUACUAACAAAAUUUCUAACUCGAAUUUAACAUUUGGCUAAUUCUUAGUAUUUCAAUAGGUUUUGGCUAGUAAAAAAGAAUUCGAAAAAGGUUCGGCUAAUAAAUAGUCAUUACCCAAAAAAAUUCCCAAAAUACAUAAGUUAUAAAAUUUUCUCAAUCUACACAUGUUUGACAUUCACAGUCGUCGUCUAACGCAGUGAAGAACAUAACCGCCAUCGUUCAAAGCGAGGAGCAAUCACCGCUUUUCUGAAAAGCGGGGAAGAGAUCAUUGUGUUUGUAUAAAGCAAGGAAUAGAUCACUGCAUUUGUUUAAAACGGGAAAGUAGUCACCGCUAACGUGUAACGCGGUGAGGCGUCAGAUAUGGCAAGAAAACCAUAAUCCGAGUCCCCGCCCAUUCACCUCUGCCACUAGAUGCAGUGAGGCGCGAAUUAUGGUUUUCCUCAAAGGCGUACUCUUCCAUGCCUUUGACCAACGCGAGGAAUGCUCUGUCUUCUCCCCCAACAUAUCCUUCCCCUAUAAAUACCACUCCUCCUUCCCCUUCCAAACCACACCACCAAACAUUUUAUUCUUUCUCCCUCCAUCCUCCACUCUAGUUUCAUUCUAAAUUUGCUCUGUGGUUGCAGCUAAGUCCGAUCUUCCGCAUCAAAAAGAUUUCUAAAGUUAUUUCCUUCAACCAUCCCCUCUAAAAAUAUGUCAAACCUCUGCCCGACUUCCAACAAAAAAUGGACUAAGAGGCUCUUAGGGUACGUACUUGUUAUGUAUUAGUGAUUUUUUUGUACGCAAAGUAAUAUGAUUUUAUUCAAAAAAUUUAUAGAUGGGUGUCGAAUUACACGAACCUCGAAUGUAUAUCGAUCCUGGGCCAAGGGAUAGGAGGUAUUUAUCCGAGCAAGAAAAUCAUCGCUCCCAUGCAAUUUGAAACAACAAUCCGGUAAACACUACGUACCUAUAUAUUUGUAAGUUAUUUAUUUCAUGCUUAAUUUUAUUUUAUUGAAAUUUAUUUCAUGCUUUGCUUUAUUUAAUGUAAAUUUAUUUUAUGCUUAAUUUAUUUAAUUUAGAUUUAUUUCUUGCUUCGAUUUAUUUAAUUUAGAUUUAUUUCAUGCUUAGUUUUAUGUAAUCUAAAUUUAUUUCAUAUAUCGCUUUAUUUAAUGUAGAUAUAUUUCACGCUUAGUUAUAUUUAAUUUAGAUUAUUUCAUGCUUAGUUUCAUUUAAAUUAGUUUUAUUUCAUGCUUCCCUUUAUUUAAUUUAGUAUUUUGGUUUCCUUUGACUAACAUCUUUUGUGUUCAGGAUUUUUGUUUUGUAGAAUUCACUUGUUCCCGUCAUUCAUAGAGGGACAACACGCUUGUCUGCUUGGCAUGCUCGACUCUCACCGUAUCUAGAGAUGACAAGUUUGGAUAUGGUGAGACACUUCAUGCGGAUUGAGAUCGACAAUCAUCCGCUGACGGCAAUGGCAGAGCGACGGCGUCCGAAACACAUACGUUCCAUUUUCCCAAGGGGGAAAUGAUGAUCACCCUUAGAGACGUUGCCAUCCUCACCGUAAUGUCGGUCAUUAGAGAUGCGAUCAUCGGAUACUCGGGGAGACCCGAAUUAGGCUGUGGGCCGUUGAUUCUCAAUCGUCUGGGCUUCAACAUGCCGACCCAGACUGAUAGGGGUGGGCAACGGGGCGGGACUGGGUACCCGUCCCGUUUAAAACGGGUACCCAAUCCCAUUUGAAGAGAAAAUUUCAUCCCAUAUCCCAAACUCGUAUGGGUUAACGGGUACCUAUUACCCGUACGGGAUGGAUAACGAGUACCCACGGGUAACCCAUAAAAGCAACAUUUCACG